AUGCAGGGUGGCCCGAGCUUUGCUUACGACAACUUCAAGCCUCAGGGUCCACUAUCAACCACCCCGACACCAUUGCUCCCGCAAUCUAGUCCAGUUCGAAUCGCGUCUCCGCGAGGAGAAAACACAUUGGCCGUACAGCUCAGAUCGUCUAUUGAGCUGAUGCCAAGCUCGAGCGUUCAAGACCCAGGGUAACUCGACUAUUCCCUCUCGGAGCAACGCGCCGACUGCUCUGCAUGCCGACUAACCUGUCUCCAUCUUGCACGAUCUUCUCGCAGUGCGCUUGCUUGAUAGACGAUCGCCCUCAUUCAUUGCCGCGUCACCCUUCGGAAGCCUCACCUUGCACGGCCUAUCCACUGUCGUUACUGUGUACACCAAUACGAUAGAUGUUCCCCACAAUUUUCACCACGUUCACCGUCCUUGCUGCCGUCUGGGUUCGAGGAGCGACAGACCUGGAGAAACAUAAAUAGAGCAGCUCACCUCCACUCUCAACAAUAGGUUAUGCACUAGAACUACGACCUUUCAAUCCUGGAAGCAUCGCCAGUGCAAUAAGUAGGCCCCGAAACUUGCAUAGCUCGACUAGUAGUUGCUUGUUGAUCUUAGCAAUCACUGUUGAAACACACUCCCUCCGUCUGUCAGUGAUUCUCUCGCCACGUAGAUGACCUCGGGCUCUUGAUGUAAUGAAUCCAGAAACUUCGAGGGCUCGGCGGCCCAUUCCAAGCGACACACGUUGACACU